UUUUUAUAUAAAUAUAUAUUUUUUCCCGGACAAAGCAGGAAGUGCAGAAAUGUCAUGUGACUCUAAAAAUGGCUGCUGUGCAGUGGCGCUCCAGAGAACGCAACUAUGAGGCGGAGCUGCAGAGGUGCCGUCCAGAGGCGGCUCCCAUCGAGUUCGGGGACUACCACCCCCUGAAGCCCAUCAUGGUCACCGACUCAAAGACCCGGCGUGGAACCCGCAAAGGCAGCACCUCCUCCUCGUCCUCCUCCUCUUCCUCCGCCCCUCCAGACCCUCUCAGCUCCAUGCUGGACGGCACCGACCCCCUCUCCAUGUUCGCCGCCGCGUCGGCCAGCCAGCCCGCCGCCGCCGCCGUCUCCCACAGCAGCUCCAUGGGGGACCUCGGGAGGAAGAGGAGGGAGAAGGAGGAAGAGGCGGUGGGGCCGGAUUUUGAGCCGUGGUCCAUGAAGCGCGGCGAGAUCCUGGCCAGGUUCACCACCACCGAGAAGCUGUCCAUCAAUCUCUGCAUGGGCUCAGACAAAGGGAAGGCGCUCGGGCCGGGCUCCUCGGCCGUGUCGGAGAAGGUCCGGACCCGCCUGGAGGAGCUGGACGACCUGGAGGAGGGCUCUCAGAAGGAGCUGCUGAACCUCUCCCAGCAGGACUACGCCAACCGGAUCGAGGAGCUGAACCAGUCCUUGAAGGAGGCCUGGGCCUCCGACCAGAAGGUCAAGGCGCUGAAGAUCGUCAUCCAGUGCUCCAAGCUGCUGUCCGACACCGCCGUGAUCCAGUUCUACCCCAGCAAGUUCGUCCUCAUCACCGACAUCCUGGACACGUUCGGCCGCCUGGUCUACGACAGAAUCUGGUCCAUGUGUUCUGACCCGAGGCCCCUCCCAGAAUCCUUCACGGUCGAGGACGUGAACGACACGGCGAAGGAGACCUGCCUCAACUGGUUCUUCAAGAUCGCCUCCAUCCGAGAGCUGCUGCCCAGACUAUACGUGGAAGCCGCCAUCCUGAAGUGCAACCGCUUCCUCAGCAGAACAGGCAUCCAGGAGACCCUCCCCCGUCUGACCGCCAUGAUCCGAGGAAUCGGCGACCCGCUGGUGGCGGCGUACGCCCGAGCGUACCUCUGCAGGGUGGGCGUGGAGGUGGCGCCGCACCUGAAGGACAGCCUGAACAGGAACUUCUUCGACCUGCUCGCCACCUUCAGGCAGAUCGGCGGCGAGAGCGUCCAGAACCUGCUGGUGGUCCAGAGGGUGGAGGUGCCCGAGUACCUGACCCUGUACUCCCCCGCCAUCAACUGGAUCCUGCAGUGCAUCGCCUACCGAGCCCCAGAGGUUCUGCUGACGGAGAUGAUGGACCGAUGUAAAACCAUGGCGAACAAUGCUUUGCUCCUGAACUCCAUCAUGAGGGCGUUCAGGCCGGAGUUCGUCGCUGCCAGAGCCACCGACUUCAUCGGCAUGAUCAAAGACUGCGACGAGUCCGGGUUCCCCAAGCACCUGUUGUUUGGGUCUCUGGGUCGCAGUCUGGCGUGUGCCGACCCGCCCGAGUCGGAGAGGCUGAGCAUCCUGAACGAGGCCUGGAAGGUCAUCACCAAAGUCCGCAGUCCUCAGGAUUACAUCGGCUGUGCGGAGGUGUGGGUGGAGUUCACCUGCAGACACUUCACCAAGCGCGAGGUGAACACGGUCCUGGCCGACAUCAUCAAGCACCUGACGCCCGACCGCGCCUUCGAGGACGCCUACCCUCAGCUGCAGUCGGUGAUCCGGCGGAUCCUCACCUACUUCCACGACUUCUCCGUCCUCUUCUCCAUGGAGCGCUUCCUGCCGUUUCUCGACAUGUUCCAGAAGGACGGCGUGCGGGUGGAGGUCUGCAAGUCCAUCAUGGAGGUCUUCAUCAAGCACCAGGUGGAGCUGACCAGAGAUCCGGUCAUCCUCAACGCCAUGCUGCACAUCUGCAAGACCAUGCACGACUCCGUCAACUCUCUGACUCUGGAGGACGAGAAGCGAUCUCUGGCUCUGCUGAUCGUCGGCUUCAUGCGGACGGUGUCCUUCGGUCGGGACUUUGAGCAGCAGCUGAGCUUCUGCGUGGAGGCCAGAGCCACCUUCUGCAACCUGGAGCCGGUGCUGGUGCAGCUGGUCCACACGGUGAACCAGCUCGCCAUGGAGACCCGGAGGGUGAUGAGGGGGAGCCACUCCCGGAAAACCGCCGCCUUCGUCAGGGCGUGCGCCGCCUACAGCUUCAUCACCAUCCCGUCGCUCAGCAGCAUCUUCACUCGGCUCAACCUCUACCUGCUGUCCGGCCAGGUCGCCCUCGCCAACCAGUGUCUGUCUCAGGCCGAUGCGUUCCUGAAGGCAGCCGUCAGCGUUCUCCCAGAAGUUCCUCACUCCAUCAGCAUCGAGGGGAAGCUUCGCUCCUCGGAGAGCUUCCUGCUGGACUUCAUCAACAACUUCUUGGCCACGCUGCUGGUUGUCCCGGACCAUCCGGAGCACGGCGUGCUCUACCUGGUGCGAGGUCUCCUCAACAUCGUGCAGGAUUACACCUGGGAGGAGAACACCGACGCCAAGGUGCGGGUGUACCUGAGCGCCCUCCCCCUGCUGGCCGCCAUGAGUCAGGAGACGUUCCUGUACUCCAUCCCCAAAGUGGACUCCAAUGAAACGCUGUACGGAGGAGACCCCAAGUUCCUCUCAGAGAUCAACAAGCUGUGUGAGACUCUGAUUGGACAGAUCCUGGACCACCUGAAGGCGCUGGCCCGGGACGAGCAGAGCGCCCGCCGGCAGAGCGCCCUGGCCUUCUCCCUGUUCGGCGUCCUGCUCGCUCACGGCGAUCUGAGGAACAACAAGCUGAGUCAGCUCGCCGUCAACCUGUGGAACCUCAGCCACAAGCAGGGCCUGAGCGACACCCGGCUGUCUGUUCGGACCCUGGAGCACGUCAAGCAUCAGGCGCAGCAGCCCGGCAUGGCCCACCUGUCCGAGGCGGCCCAGAGGCUCAGCCUGCAGACCCGGACCUGAACCCCCCCCCUUUGUAAAUAAAGACCGUAGAGAGGAA